AUACUCCAAUGGACGUUUACCGCAAAAAUAGAUAUUAAAAUGCAAUGUAAAUUCAAAUCAAUCUUUCUUGUAAAAAAUUCAUUUCGGUCGUACUCUUCUUCCCUAUAUUCCUUUUGUUUCUAAAACGCUUAAAAUGGUCCAGAGUACGCCCAGUCAAGAUAAGGAAUCUCUUUGAUGGAUGUGCAAAUCGGCUGUCAGAUAUUCACGGACGCACAAGAGGGAAAGUUCCUUCUGUGAAUCAAAUCACUGAACAGAAGGAAAAUUCGUUCGAAGGAGGGGAUAUUCCGAUUGAUAUAAAAGUUCAUUUGCAAAUAUCAGUAGCAUAUUAAUCAUUAGUAUCUAACUCAAACAACAAUGUGUUCAGCUAAAGUGACUCUGCUAUUAGCUCUCGCAACUUUAGCGAGUGCAGGCUACCUAGAGCAAGGCCUGGAAAGUGAAGGCGGCAUCGAACACUAUGGGGGAGUUGAAGAAGCGUAUAGCGGAGGACACGAUGAAGACGAGCAUAAAGAUUAUUACGCACAUCCUAAAUAUCAAUACAACUAUGCCGUAAACGAUUAUCAUACUGGAGAUGUCAAGCAGCAAUAUGAAGAGCGAGAUGGAGACUCGGUGAAAGGAUCUUACAGCGUAAAGGAAGCUGACGGUUCCACAAGAAUUGUCAAUUAUAAAGCUGACAAGCACAACGGCUUCCAAGCUACAGUAGCAAGGAUCGGUGGUGAAGGCAAGGAAGAAUAUAACGAAUAUCCCAAACAACACUAAAAUUCCAGACAGACUGCAAAUUAGCCAAAUAGUGAAAUUCGAUACAAAAGCUUGGACAUAUGGUUUUGCACAAAAUCGUUCUGGUUCACGCUUAUUUUACAAUAUGGCAGAUCAAUACAAAGAUGGAACUGAGGCUGAUCUUUAACAUGUAACGUCCUUGUCAAAUAUUACCCAACGAUAUAGGAGGCUGCAUGAUCCAGAAAAAUUACAUGUGAAUGAAGUGUUCAAAUAUUUUAUUUAUAUGAUGUUAUAAGAAAUGCACACUGUGAUUAAUCAUUAUAAUUUUGUAUCUGAAAACUUCCUAAUAAAGCAAUGCGAUCAAAAGUAUUCUUGAUUCAAUCACAAAUAAUGCAAUUAAACCACUCCAUAUUCUUUUUCGUGAUUAUGGAAUAUAUUUACAGAUCGAAAUAUGCAAAAAACUUCAUAUCAAACGACUCCCCCAUCUCAUAUAUUUCUAAAACCUGUAUUAUUGGUAUUUUCUAUCGAAAUUUAGCAUAGAAAAAUGGAAUUCAGUAUGCGAGGGCGCUUGGGGAAAACUAUUGUUUUCGAAAUGUA